AUGGAGGUCUCAGAUGAGCUCAAGCCUGAGAAACUCGUCACGGAAACAGGGCACGGAAUGACCCCUGUCAGUACCAAGACCACAAGACCUCCUCCUACGGUGUACUCGUACACUCUAUGCCAUAUCUCUCACUGCGAUAUUAAACUGAUGUACGAUAUGUUUGGGUUGACGCCGACUCUCAUAACGUGUACAUCCAAGUUCCCUAUCAUUAGACUAGGCAAAAUGGAGGCCAAGGCGACCGGUAACUAUUCGCUGGCAAACGCAAUCUCUGUCCGCGACGCAGGAUUGGCGCUAGCCUGUCUAGCUGGACACAGAGCCUCGCUCCUCAUUGCGCGCACCGCCAUGAAACGAUUCAUGCCAACAACAUACGGCCAGCUGAAGCAAGAUCAGGGUAGCCGAUUUCCAGCUUACUUUGUCUUCAUUGUUGGCAUCGUAUGGACCACGAUGAGCGCUCCAAUCUGCCUUGGAGCCUUCGUGUUCACCCCGGCGGACACAGACCAAACAAGAGUUCACUCCCGAAUGUCCACAAUGGAGAAGAUUUGCCUGAGCUCGCGUGGUGCGCUCUGGACAUCAGAGCUGCCGCGUUUGAGCUACUCGUCCGAGUACCUUAUUCACCAUAUUCUGUCGCUUAGCUCUCUUGCCAUCAUUCUCUUCAACAACCUUCCGCGCCGGCCCCUGUAUUUGAUCUACGCCGGCCUAAUCACAGAGCUCUUAUCGGAUGCAAUUGCGUUGCUCAAGUUCGAAGGGAAAAAUCAUAAAAACUCGAGACUGUACGCACAAAUUACGGUCAUCAACGCAAUAUCUCUCCUUAUUGUCCGGGCACUACCCUCGAUAACGGUUACUCUAUCCGUGCUGAUGCCAGUGAAAAGGAUCAGUGAGCUGAACUACAUUGCCAGUGUUGUUUUCUACUGCGGCUGGUUGAUACGGCUAGCGUUCAAGCAACUAUCUAUACAAGGAGUCGUACAGCUUGUCUUGGUCAGGCCCGGUUAUAUUCGCAUUGGUCAGAGAACGCGGAUAACCCUGUACCGCACGAUGCUCAGCCUCUCCAUAGUGACGGCUCAGGUGGUUACGGCGGCUGUGUACUGCUCACAGCGUGAUGUGCUACUAUUGGACAUAGAAAAUCAUGAUUUAAUCAUAUCUGGCCUUGGAAUCGUCAUAGCCGGACUAGUUGGAGCGAAAGCUAUCAAUUAUUUGAUGCUAGCAAUUGAUUGCUCUCCAUCGACAGCGCCACGUUCUUAUCCUCCCGCUCAAGGAACGCCUCCAAACCCAGAUUCUGUUUGUACUUCACUUGCUAGCACCUUGGACCCAGAUCGCUGCACCGUCAGUUUCUGCAAAAUGUUUGGCGUGCCAUUCCUGGAUACUAUAUCUUUGAACGGCAUAUCUAUUCAAGGAGGCAUACUGUUCUCAGCUUUGUGGGUAUCGCAGAUCCAUUAUAUUGCACCCACACUUGCUCGAGACGUGUUGCUUGCUUCCAUGGCCCUGGCGCUUUUAAUUGGUGAAGCUGUUGGGCGUAUCGGGUGCUACUUUGGUGGCUGCUGCGGUGCUAGACUUGACCAGAAUCAUGUAUCUAAGAUACCUUCUGUGCAAAUCUUGGCCUCGGUGCUUAACCUGAUUGCUUUUUUUGGACUGGUUAUCACCCUCAACUACGGGCUUAUGAGCUUGCCGGAAAUGGGAUGUACUGCGAUGGCUGUGAACGCGGCUAUCCGGCUUGUGGUCAACCGCCUGAGAAACGAUGCCAUGGAUACAUCUACAGGCUCUACAACAAUCUUUGCUGCAUGCCAGCUAUUCCUGUCUACUUGGAUAUACUUUUCAGUGAGACGAAGCCAUGAUCAGGAAGUGUCCUCUACCAUUAGGGCUGCAGCAUAUAUGAUCGGUAUGAGCCUAACCUUUGCUAUCUCUGGCCGAGCCCUCUGCCUUACGUUGGCUCAAUCGCCGAUCUGGACAAAGCUAUCAUGGCUCCUGAAGCCUAUUGUGCUUCACGGCUGGGGGAUCUAUUCUUUUGAAUGA